GCGGUAGUCAUUGAAGCAGGAUGGAGCAGUUUUCUUCGGCACAGGAACCAUAUGGAUGCAACAGAUCAUCCUCCUCAUCGAGUCGAAGGGCAAAGUCAAGGCAUCCUCAGAUCAUUUAUAUGGCGAGGAAUCCAAAAGAUGUCCUGGUGUCAUAUUACCACUUCCACCACUGUGCAGCAAUGCUGGAGACUCCUAAGGACUUCAGUGACUUCUUUGAAAAGUUUUUGGAUGGAAGAGUGUAUGGCAAUACUUGGUUUGAGCACAUCAAAACCUAUUACUCACACAGGGAUGACAUGAAAAUCUUGUAUGUAACAUAUGAGGACAUGAUUCAGAGAGCUCACCGACAGCCAGAUGCUGACAUGGUGGAGCACGCCAAGUUCCACAACAUGAUGCAGAACCCGUGCACUAACUACAGACAGAUACCUGAUACAGUCAUUAACCACAAGAGGGGAUCAUUCAUGAGGAAAGGGACGAUUGGCGUUUGGAAAAACCUGUUCAGUGUUGCCCAGAGUGAGCGAUUUGAUAAGGUGUUUCAGGAGAAGAUGAGGGCGUCCCCCUUUCAUUUAAAUGAGACAUGUCCGAGGUCAUGCCAGAAGUGA